AUUUUAUUUAAACAAUAAUAGAAUAAAACACAAACUUUCUCAACCUGGUUCCGGAAGUUGCGGCUUCGAUGGAAAAAUUGGAAAAACCGCUUUUUUCUAUUUGCCGCGUUUUUUUCUAAAGAUGCGAUAUUGUAGUUUUUUAAUUGCUUAAAUUUAAUAUCUGUUUCAUAACUUUACAUACAUAAAUUAUGGAGAUAUCCAGAGGAAUCUGUGUUUUGUGCUUAAACAGCACAAAAAUUGUUGUACCUCCUCAAGCUGAAGACAUUAUGAAUUUGUUAUGUGAGAUAAUGGAGGGUUGCAUUGAUACAAACAAGUUUCAGAAAACGAAAACUACUCUAAAAGCUUGUCCGUGCUGCUUGGAUGUCCUUAUCCAGGUACAUAAAUAUAAACAGAACAUUAAAGAAUUCUCAGAGGAUUCAGGAGAAUGCUGUUUGUGUCAUGAAAGUGAAAAUCUAGUUUCUAUCAGUGAUUGGACAAAUUUUGAUAACCUUCUAGCAAAUAUUGAGGUAAAGAAAGGCCGGCAUUGUUCCACUUGUAUUCAAUGUAUACAUCAUCUGCAUCAGCUUGACAGACUAAAAGUAAAUUUUAUGAAAAGAUAUCCUAAUCUUAUGGUAAAGCAGCCCAUAAAAAAAGAAUCAUCAAGCACCCAAAAAAGAAGAUCAUUUAAAAAUAAAACUUCUGUACUCUCAGUAGGAAAAAGCCUUAAAAAUCUAAAACCCAUAACAUAUUCUCGACUGUCUCUGGAUAUCUAUAAAGAUGAUGAAAAACUGACAAAACAAAUCCCUUUUGUGAAUUUGGUUCAAUAUGAUUUUUCUGAUGCAAACAUCAAAUCUGAAAAAAGCCUUGAUGAUACUGAUUCAUCUCCAAAUGAGUGUAGCUUUAAAUCAUUUUUCAAGAUUAAACUAAAAGCAAAUAGAAGUACAAACAGAAGUAAGAUUCAGAGGGUCUCUGCUGGCAGGGUAACAAAGCCAAGAAGGAAUAUGAAUUUUUCAGUAAUUAAAAAGGAAUUAAUCGUUAAAAUUGCCAAGAUUGACUUAAAAACGCUUGAAAGCCUUAGUGAAAAACAUAAAUUUGAAUCUCUAUCUGAUGAAAAUUAUUUAUUAUCCAGGUCAUCUACACCAACCAAGGCGAGCAGAAAAAUGAUGCCUGAAGAAACCUUAAAUAUUUCUAAGACAAGAAAAAGUGUUACUUUCAAUGAGGACCUUAAUGAAAUUAUCACAGAUUGUGUUUCUAUUGCAAACGAAAAUUCAGUUCGGAAAUCUGCAGUAAAGAAUUCUGGGUCCACAUUUGCCGACAUAUUAGAUAUUGACGAUGAUAAUCCUUUACAAAUUACACCCCAAGAAGUGGAUUCUGAUGAUGAAAUUGAGUGUAAAAAGAGUUAUGUAGAGGAUAUCAAACAAAACAACGAUAGUAUUUUUGAGAGCUUAAAAAGUAGCACUGCAAUAAUAAAACCUAAUGGUACACAAAAUAGUAGGGAAGAGUCUGAAACCACCACAAAGGAGAAAGUAAUUAGUAGCCCUGAUUUGGAAAAUGAGUGCAGUAAAGUGGAUAAUGAUGACAAAGAAUGCAUUUUGGACAUAACUGAUAAUGACAGAAUCAGUGUUGCUUCUAAUUCAGACAAAGACCUUACUGACAAUGAAGAACUUACAAGUAAAUUCAUGAGAGUGGCUAAUAAUACAUCUGCUACAGUUACACUCAAAUCAGACUCAGAAGAGGACUUUAUGUUAACACUGAAACAGUACAACGAUCUUAAGUUAUCCGGCUCAGAAUCUAAAAAAUCUGAUGUAAGUUUAAAAAAGAGGCGUUUUAGUCUAAUGGCUGAUGAAGUUGACGAAAUCGAUCAGAAAUCAGAAAAUAAAAAAAGUAAGGUGAGUGAGGAGGAAACUGUUGAAUCUAGUAAUCACACUGAUAAUGUUUCUGAACCAACCAAUCUUUCAAAUACAGAGACCAACGUGGUUUCAAAUAAUCCUGUUGUAAAAAAUGAUAAUAAUGUUUUAGAUGAGAAUGUCGAAUCCGAUAGUAAACUUGAAAGUGAGGAUAUAGUUAAUGAAAAAGAAUCCGAGUCAGUGGUAGUAACUGACAAAUCAGAAUUAAGUGUCGGUUCUACUGGAAUAAAUAAUUUAAAAGUUGAUGGAAAUGCCGUUUUAGUUUAAAGACUACUGGUUUUUACCAUUUUUUGUUAUAAUAUUUAAAACUAAGUUUUUUAAAUUAUUAAGCUAUAGGUCUCGUUGUUUUUCGGUUUUUUUCAUAUUUUAGUGGUGGUAUAUUACGGUGAAAAACGUGAAUUUUUGGAAAGUCAAGGCUAGGAUAAUUGGAGGUAUUGUUAUAAACUUUGUUCUUCUUAAACUCCUCCAAUUUAGACUGAAUAAUUUAGCCCUUCAAAACAGUAAUACAAGAGCAAUGAAUUGUUCAACGUUGAGUGAUUACCAACACCGUUUUUUUAAAAUUUACCUUAUUCACGUUUUUGGCCGCAAAAUAUCAUUUUGUUAUUUUUUAAAUUAUUUUUUGUAUUUUUAUGUAAUGUUUAAAACUAGCAAAACGUACUUUGAUUUUCAAUAAUUUUUGUUUGAUCCGUAAAACGAUGUAAGAUUUGAAACUAAUCUGUAAUUUCUUACGUGACAUAAAGUCUAGUGGAAGAUUUAUAAAACUUAAUAAAAUAAGUAAAUAAGUA